AUGAGGUGCUGUUGUGCGGUUAUCUCUGCUGCGCUCACCCCUGCAAGCUCACUAUCACCUUCUCCUCGAAGCAGAAGCAGAAGCAUUGUUGAACUUCCAAACAACUCUCUCUCCCAAUCCCAGAGACAUUACCAGCUCUUCUCACUUUCUCUUUGCCCCCGAAAGCGAUUCCUCAACAACCGCAAUUGUGACGUUUCUGCACAAUGCGGCCGCGCCGAGGCGGAAGAGCUUUCAGAGGAUGAUUUCGUCGUCGUUAAUUUUUACCGUUUUGUGUUCAUCGAAAACCCAGAGGCCGAGGUCUCCAGGCACCUCUCCUUCUUACAGGGUCUUGACAUACAUGGCCGGGUAUAUCUGAAUGAACAAGGGAUAAAUGCACAGUACAGUGGGCCGUCAAAAGAUGCUCUUCUGUAUGUCAAAUGGUUGAGAGAAGAUGAUAGAUUUUCUGAUAUUUUGGUUCAGAUUUCUCCAGCAUAUAAUGGGCAUGCCUUUCCAAAGCUGAAGUUGCGCUAUAAGCCUUCGUUAGUGCAGCUGGAAGGAGGCAUUUCACAUCUUCCUUUGCUAGACUCUUCGGUGCGAGCAACACCCCUAGCACCACCAGAAUGGAGAAAGAGAUUGGAACCAGGAAAUGGAAUUGGUGCUCCUUCAAAUGAGAAGAUUAAUACAAACUACAUUCUACUGGAUGUGAGAAAUGGUUAUGAAUGGGAUAUUGGCCAUUUCUCUGGGGCUCGACGUCCUUCUGUAGACUGCUUUAGGAGCACUUCAUUUGGUCUAUCCUCGACAGAGGAUGUUGCUUCAGAUCCUUUAGCAAAUGUUGACAAAGAAAAGACGGACAUAUUGAUGUAUUGUACUGGAGGUAUCCGAUGUGAUGUGUAUUCUACAAUUCUAAGACAAAGGGGCUUUCAAAAUUUAUACUCCUUGAAGGGUGGUGUUUCCCAUUAUCUAAAGACUGAAGGUCCUGCAGAAUGGGUUGGGAAUUUGUUUGUGUUUGAUUCGCGUCUUUCUCUCCCACCAUCUUCCUACAAGCCUGAAGCCAUUGUUAAUGCAGCCAGGAGUGAACAAGUUUCUCAGUGUAAUACGUUUUCCAGAUGCUACGUAUGUGGUUCUCAAGUCUCCGAAUUAAGGCAUAGGAACUGCGCAAAUCUCGACUGCAACCUGCUUUUUCUAUGCUGUAUAGACUGUGUGAAGGAUUUAAGAGGAUGCUGUUGUGUAAAUUGCAUUACUGCCCCUCGACUAAGACCCGUGCUGCCUGGGCAUCAAAGAUACGCAAAAUGGCACUUAUAUCGAGAUUUGGAAUGCAAAGCAAGUUGACGGCUGGAUCAGACAUUUAUGGAUUUGGCUUAGGUGUGUAGAUUUUUCAAUAGUUUAGAUUUAAUUCCAAAUUUUUCAUGAGAAAGAGAGAGCAAGUGAAAUAGAUCUAGACGGUUGAAAAAAGUACAACAUAUAUGUUGUAGUUAUUUUACAACACCUAAGCCAAAUCCGGUGUUUAUGUCGGUGAGGUUGGAAGCGGAUAUUGAUUGUACGAACUCAAGUUGCAGCCAUUAGUGAAGAUUUGAUGUUUUUUUUUUAGUAAGAAAAAAAACUGGAAAAUGGUGUCUGCAGCUUUUGCAUCAACAGAGUAUUGGUGAAGGUAAAGUCUAAUUCAGAUGAGAAAUCUAGCAUAGCAGUCUCCAUUAAUGGGUAUUAACAUUGAGUAUAAAUGCCUGCCAAAAAUAAAGCUACUACACAUUUGCAAAUGCCAAAACAAAGCAGCUACCAUAUGAUAAUUUAGAAAAUGCUCAAGGUAUUCUAGUUUUUACUAUAAUUUCCUUAUAAACCCAUAUGGUAAUAGUCUAUAUUUAAUGAGAAUGAGUGAUAAGUGAUAGUUCACAUUUUAGUGGCCGACAUGGUGUCACUGAACUAAUAUGUUAAUUUAUAACUAUGGUAAUGUCACGUUGAUUGUUACAUGACAGUUUAUAUUUUAGUGACUGACGUAAUAAGUGCUAUAUGGAAUACAACACCAGUUUGUA